AUGGAGACCGAGAGGUCUCCGCGGAUGGGAGCAGCCGAAGUCCCCGCCGCCCUUCAGGAGGGGAGCGGAGGGGGCCCCGGGGGCAGAAGCCGCCCGGAAGGUCUACCCGAGGCCGCCCUCAGCCCAGAGAUCCACCGGCGGCGCUUCCGCGGUCUGGACGGCUGCCGCCAGGAGGCCGAGGGGCCCCGGGAGCUUUGCAGCCGCCUGCACCGCCUGUCGGCGGUCACCGACGCCGGCCUCUCCUCGUCGUUUCCCCUCUACGACCUGGACCACCAGCUGGAGCAGCUGCUGGCCCUGCUGCCCGCGGAGAUGGCGAGCUGGGUGAGGGAGUGCGGAGCCGAGAGCUGUUCGCAGGCGGUGGCCCUGGCCGAAGGCUUCCUCCUCAGCCAAGCCCAGCGGGAAGAGCCGGGAAAGGGACAGGGAUCCAGUCCCUUUGAGGAGGUGGCUGUGAACUUCACAGAGGAGGAGUGGAGUCUGCUGGAUUCUGGCCAGAAGGCCUUAUGUAGGGAAGUCAUCGAGGAGAUUUCUACGGAUAUGGAUGCUCUGGUCUAUAAGAAACACAAACCACAGACCUCUAUAAAAUCUGGCAGGGGUUCCAGUCGGAGCAGAGAGAUGAUACUGAGAUUGAAGUGUGGAAAGAAUAUUGGUAGCAAGAGUAAACUUAAUCUCCAUCAGAGAAUCCCCACUGGGGAGAGACCACAUAAAUGUCUACAGUGCGGAAAAAGCUUUACUCGGAAAGGAUAUCUUAAUUACCAUAAGAGGAUCCACAUAGGUGAUAGACCUUAUAAAUGCCUGGAGUGUGGGAAGAGCUUUACUCAGAAAGGAGAUCUUAAUUCUCAUAAAAAGGCCCACACAGGAGACAGACCAUAUAAAUGCACAGAGUGUGGAAAGAGCUUUGUUUACAACAGAAACUUUAUUUUUCAUCAAAGGAUCCACACAGGGAAGAGACCAUACAAAUGCCUGGAAUGUGGGAAGAGUUUUUUUAGCAAAACAUGCCUUACUCGGCACCAAAGGAUACACACUGGGGAGAAACCACAUACAUGCUUGGAGUGUGGAAAAAGCUUUACUCAGAAAGGACAUCUUAACGCUCAUAAAACAUUACACACUGGGGACAAACCAUAUAAAUGCCUGAAGUGUGAAAAGAGCUUUACUCGAAAAGAAAGUCUUAAAUUUCACGAAAGGAAUCACACUGGGGAGAGACCGUAUAAAUGCCUGGAAUGUGGAAAGAGCUUUACCCAGAAAGGACAUCUUACUUAUCAUGAAAAGAUCCACACAGGAGAGAGACCAUGUAGAUGCCAGGAAUGUGGAAAGAACUUCAGUGACAAAAGCAGACUUAAUCGCCACCAAAGGAUCCACACAGUGGAUAAUCCAUAUAAAUGCCUGGAGUGUGGAAAGAAUUUCAAUAGCAAGAGUAAGGUUAGCGUCCACCAAAGGAUCCACACUGGGGAGAAACCACAUAAAUGCUUGGAGUGUGGAAAGAACUUCAGUGACAGAAGUACUCUUAAUCGCCACCAAAGGAUCCACACACUGGAUAACCCCUAUAAAUGCUUGGAAUGUGGAAAGAGCUUUACUCGAAAAGAAAGUCUUAAUUCUCACGAAAGGAGCCACACUGGGGAGAGACCAUAUAAAUGCCUGGAAUGUGGAAUGAACUUUUUUCGGAAGGGAAACCUUAAUUCUCAUAAAAGGAUCCACACUGGGGAGAGAACACAUAACUGUAGGGAAUGUGGAAAGAGCUUUACUCGGAAAGUGUAUCUUACUUAUCAUGAAGGGAUCCAUACAGGGAAGAGACCCUAG